UAUAAUUCCAUGCUUUUCCGUUUUCACGAUAUCAGCUAGAGGUCGAAAAUGGAAAAAGUCAAAGAAUUUCUCAAACUUGACAAAGAAGCAGAGGAGACCGUGUCACGACUCGCUGUUCACCCUCACCGACUUGGUUACGAGCGCAGCUUCUACAAUAAGUUCGCCUUAAGCGGCCUCAAUGUCGACAGGGUCGGGCCUGGUUUCGUCUCCUGCACUUUUAAAGUCCCUCCUCGCCUCACAGAUAAAAAUGGGAAUUUAGCAACGGGCGCCAUUGUGAAUAUUGUCGAUGAAGUUGGUGGGGCAGCGGUCUUUGAUAUAAAUCUUCCUAUGAAAGUUUCGGUCGAUAUGUCCAUUUCGUUUCUGGGAACCGCUAAGGUCGAUGACGAGUUGGAGAUUACCUCAAGGGCUUUAGGACAAAGAGGAAAUUAUUCUGGAACAAUUGCUCAUAUUAGAAACAAAGCAACAGGGGAGUUAAUUGCUGAAGGUCGGCAUUCCUUGUUUGGUGAACAAUCUAGCAAGCUCUAGUUCCAU